UCUCGCGGGACCCUGCUCCCUGCGGCGCCGGGAUUGGCUGUCAGCUCGCGGCGGGCGAGGGAGAGAGUGAGCGCCGCCCCGCCCCCUGCCCGCGCGCCGCCGGCGUGGGCCGCCGCCGUUGGCGAUGAGCGCCCAGGGGCCCACGUGCGCCGUGGGGGAGCCGGUGGCGCCGUCGCCCGUCCGGUCCCUCCUCCGUCACGUGCAGCUGGAGAACCUGGCGGCGGGGCUGAGCGGCGGCGUCGUCUCCACCCUGGUGCUCCACCCGCUGGACCUCGUCAAGAUCCGCUUCGCAGUAAAUGAUGGAUUGGAGCUGAGGCCAAAAUACAAUGGGAUUCUCCACUGUAUGACCACUGUCUGGAAGCAUGAAGGACUACGAGGCUUAUAUCAAGGGGUAACUCCAAACAUGUUGGGAGCUGGAGCUUCCUGGGGACUUUACUUUUUCUUUUACAAUGCCAUCAAAGCUUACAAAAAAGAAGGGAAGCUGGAAAGUCUCAGUGCAACCGAACACCUAGUGUCAGCUGCAGAGGCUGGAGCCAUGACUCUCUGUAUUACAAACCCAAUAUGGGUAACGAAGACCCGACUUGUGCUACAAUAUAACGCUGGUGUUGAUCCAUCAAAGCGGCAAUAUAGAGGAAUGUUUGAUGCUCUUACAAAGAUAUACAAGACAGAGGGCAUACGUGGCUUAUAUAAGGGAUUUGUGCCUGGUCUGUUUGGAACUUCACAUGGAGCACUUCAGUUCAUGGCAUAUGAGGAUUUGAAACUGAGAUACAACACAUAUAGAAACAGAGUAUCGGAUACAAAAUUGAACACUGUGGAAUACAUAAUGAUGGCAGCUGUAUCCAAAAUAUUUGCUGUGUCAGCAACAUAUCCCUAUCAAGUUGUGCGAGCUCGUCUUCAAGAUCAGCAUAAUACGUAUUCUGGUGUGUUUGAUGUGAUCCACAGGACAUGGAGGAAAGAAGGAAUUCAUGGAUUUUACAAAGGAAUUAUCCCCAAUGUGAUCAGAGUGACUCCUGCCUGCUGUAUUACCUUUGUUGUUUAUGAAAAUGUGUCUGGUUUUUUACUUGGUUUUAGAAAAGAGAAUAAUUAAAGUAUUUUGAGGAAAGAACCUGGAGAUGGUAAAACCCUGCCAACAUCUCUUCUGCUGAAUGUUCUUGCGUUGCUGCCUUCCUCUCUGAAUCAGCUGUGUCUGCUUGAAACAGAUGUCUCUGCAACUGUGAAAUCAUAGCACUGUGACUGGGUGAAGGCAGCUGUGCAGCAAUUCAGUUCAUCCUGGCCUGCCUGGAAUGACGGACUAAUCUGUUUUGACAAGUCUCAAGAUAAUCAAGUUGGUCAGAUUCUACUCCUACAGAAGUGGAAAACUUUAUUCAAAAGCAACUCUGGGGUCUGUCGAAACUUUCUUAAAUCUCUGAGUCUCAUGGAGAAACUAUGCAUGUAGUUGUUUGCAGCAAUGGCUUCUGAAUCCACCUCUGUGUUAUUUCUCAGAUUUUAGGAUAUGGACUGCUCCAAAUUCCAUUGCUCAUCCAACACAAAAAUGCUGCCUCAGUGGGGUGUAGUUUGGAAACUCAAAUUGUUUUGUAAAACAGCUGUCCAUUCUUGGGUUUGCAUAAUUGCCAAUUUGAUGAAACCCAGUUCUUGUCUCAUACCAGGACAGACUUGCAUUGUGGGUUUUGGCUUGCUUUUAGCACCAGACCAAAGUGUAUGUUGUGUGCAUCGCUGGCCACUUAAUUCAUUUUCUCUCUCUGCCCUGCCUGCCGUCUCUCUCUCUCUCAGCAAGAGGUUCUGUCUCCAUUACCAAUACAUCUGACCAAGUAUUACUGAGUAAAUGCAUAUUUGAAAGAAGGCUUACAUUUUAAAAAUGAGGGGGUUUUCUAGUAAUCCCAUAGUGAUUCAGUUUUCAAACCACUCUAAUAAUAAAUAUGACCAUGCUUAUUUUCAAUAAUAUUCUCUGGAAAAAAAAAGAAAAUCCCAUUAGUCUAAAAAAAUAUUGUGCACAGGACUUCCUUUAAAAAAACACAAAUCAAUCCAUUAACGUCUUCUAAUUUGAUCUAAGGUAAGGACUGUAAGAAUAUAUUGAUUGCUAACUUAGUGCUAAACUAAAUUACAGUACAUCUCAGUAAAUUUGAGUAAUAGUGAUGUUUAUUUGCAUGCCAAUAAUUGCUGUCAAGGAUAUAUACUUUUUGGAGAUGUGGGUUUGAUUUAUUUUUUUAGUUCUUUAAGAAAAUACAUUAUUGGCCAUAACAUCUGCCUUCUGCUGUUAGUAAGAAGGUUUUAAGAAUUAUCUAGAAAAUAUCACUUAACUGAGGAGGAAAUAAGUUAGCAAAGAUCAUUCGAUGGGUAGGAUAAAUAAUCAGUUUUGUAAGGAGUGGAGGAUACUAUCCAGCAAAACACCUGAAUAAUCACUUAGAGAAGUUUCCUGUUUAACAGAAGACUAACCUAAAGCAGAAAUAAGGCUUUUUUUAAUAAAAAAUUAACAGAUGAAGGAAUUGGUUUCAAUUUUAAGUUAAAAUCUGGAAGACUACAGAAACUGUUCAAUAUUUUGAAUCUUAAUUCAGCAAUCCACUUGCUUGUUUCUGUUGAUCUUAUUGCCACAUACCACAUUUUGUGUGUACUUUAUUAAUAAUUUACACUUACUCCUCUGUAGUUCCAUCCCCUCUACUGGUACAGUUGACAAUCUCAUCUGAAAAGGGCAUGUGGCUGUUAUGGCUGGCUUUGGGUUUUAGCAUAAACGUUUCUGUGUGUAUUUAGCUGAAGAUAAAUUUACUGGAAGUUUACAAUACAAAUUACUGUAUAGAUCCCUAAUAGCUAGUAACUUAUUUUGCCUUUGGAGGGCGUUAACUUGCUUUUGUGUGUUUUCUAGUACGCGGAAUGAAUUUAACAGAACAUUGAAUUAACUCUGCCACCCAGAAUCCCAAAAAUCUUGUGAAGACAUAUGAAUAAAUCAUACAAAAAGAAUAAAAGUUGUGCACUUACUACCCUGGAUUAGUGUGCUCUAGGCCCAGAACAGUUUACUCGUGCUCCAGGGUAAAUGCAGACGGGCUACAAGCAUGUACACAGUUACUCUAUGUUAACUGACAUCCUGUAAAUUCACACCGUAGCUUAGCUCAUAGUAACUUGUUUGUGUUCGGAUACCUUAAAACCCAUCGUCCAAGCCAAUGAAAACAGUGCAGUUCUUCAGAGACAAAAUACCAGCUGUAUAAUUUGCUGGCUUGCAGCAAUAUCACACAUAAGCUUGCAGUUGCUCUCCUAGCUGCAGGUGUGUCCCUCUAGCAUUCGUAGCAAAAGCUGCAGGCAAAAGCUACCAAUUUGAGAGAUGCCUAGGGAAAAUCUUAUCACCUGUUCCAAAAAAAAGUUGAGAUUUAAUCCUCAAUGGCUGAAAUAAAUUCCUCAUCUCAGAUUUAAUGUUUUUUUUCCUUUUAAUUUCUGGGAAGAGUGUAUAUGUCUGCAUGUUGUACAUGCUUUUUCUUGGGGUUUUUAUUUCAUUAGUGUAAAAUUGAUUUUGUAAUCUAAACAUGACUAUUGUUCCCCUUUAGAAUCUGUAAAAAAUAUUUGAGUAUGUCACUUGUUGCAUUUGGAAGAAAAUACUUAAAACACUGAAACUAAUGCUGUGCAUCAUCAGUGUUGUCCAGUCUGGAGGCUGACGUCAAAUAUCUGUGACAUCAUUCUUUAACUUUACCAAUACACUUUGUGAAAGCCAAGGCAUUUCAACUUGCCUUAUUUCUGUAUCUUUGAAACUAUUUAAUAUAUCUAGCUUGAAAUUAACACCAAAGUGAAUGUAUAGAUCUGAAAGGCUAAAUCCAGGAGAAUUAUUUUGUUGGAGCAAUUAAAUUUUGUAACUGUAAAAUGAUUUAAUAUCUGCAUGCUAAUAGUGGAGAUCAGUAACAGAUGUUUAUACUGAAAUCCAGUCUGUCAAGAAGGGAAAGAGGGAAGGAAAGCUUGGACAGUCUAUUUUUACUUAGUUAUUCAGAAUGAGGCAUUUAACACUUAGCACAUCAUCUAGGUCAUAGUUAAGUCACCAGGUGUUUGUUGAGAGACAUAAGACUGUAACAGCAGAGCGUCCUGUUCUGUAGUCAGGGGCACAGGAGUAGAUGUUACGUAUGUUUUCUGACGGCUAAAGCCAAGCCCUGAGUUUACUUUCUUAGAACUUUCUGUGAAGUCUUCUAAAAAAAUUGUGUAUUGUAACACCAUGUAAAAUGCCUUAAACAAUUUGAUGAUCAAUAAAAUAGCCUGGAUUUUUUUUUUUUUGUAAAA